AUGGGGACUGAGGACCUGCAGCAGGGGGAGGCUGUGAAGGGCGAUGUACAGGGAAAGGGGCGAGCUUUUUACGAGUUUAAAGAAGAAAUAAAGUAUAAAAGGUCCAAGUUACCGCCUGCUUCUGUAACAGAAGAGCCCAUGGAAGAUAAUAAAACUGUUCGAAUCGAUUCUUACAACAGCCACCUUCACUUUGAAGUUGAGCCAGAUGGGGUCAGUGGUCAUCCACUAUUAUGGGAGCGUUUUCCUCUGCUUUGGUCCGGCUGCAGACUCACCCAUGGAGUUCAGAGGGACAGAGUGGGCUUUGAAGUGAAGCUGGAGAGGCUUUUGACCUCACAAGAUCCACCUGAUGUUGAGUCUUUCGGGCUUAGAGUCGGAUGGUCAGUGGCCAAUGCCUCCUUGUUUCUUGGUAAAGAUUAUUUGUCAUUUGCUUAUGAUGGACGUGGAAAGAAAGUUUCUGUUGGAAAAGAAGAGGACUAUGGGCAAAUCUUAUCUGUUGGAGAUAUAAUUGGUUGUUAUGUUUCUUUUUCGACCGGUGGCGCAGUUGAACUCUCAUUUCAUAAAAAUGGAUUAUUCUUGGGUGUUGCAUAUGCAUUUGAUGUAUCAGUGCUGCAGGGACAACCUCUGUUCCCACACGUUCUAUGUAGAGGUUGCUCUGUUCGGUUUCUUCUUGAUCCUAUGGCUCCUGCCUGCAACAUGCCUUCAGGAUUUACCUCACUGGGCUCGCUGUCUGAUGAGGAAAAGAUUUGUGCUUUUUCAGCUCCUUUGUCAAAGUCACAGUGUGAGGUAAUUGUAAUGGUCGGUUUUCCUGGUUCCGGGAAGACCCACUGGGCAAAGAAGCACAUAAAGCAACAUCCAGAAAAGCAUUACAAGCUGUUGAGCACAGAGGAGUUGCUCGCUUGUACUGUUAAAAGUGGAGAAAGUGAUGUCAGGCUUCACCAAGCUUCCCAGUACCUUACAGAAUUGAUCAAACUUGCUGCCCAAAGACCAGGCAAUUACAUCCUUGACCAAUGUAACAUACUCUUCUCUGCGCGCCAUUACAAGUUACAGUUGUUUGUGGGUUUUAGACGAAAGGUGGUAGUAAUCUUUCCCACAAAAAAGGAAUGGAAUAAUCGUCUUUCAAAGCUCCCCCUCUUACAAAAAGAGGGGGAGCACAUCCCUCAAAUGGCUUUACUUAAACUUCAAAUCAGCUGCACUCUUCCUCAGCAAGAUGAUUCUAUGGAAGAACUACAGUUUGUGGAGCUCUCACAAAAGCAAUCACAGACAUUGUUACAGGAGUACAAAGAUGAGGCACGCAGCCUGUUGCCUACUCCCAAACAUAAUGAAAAGAAACUGCACCGCAUCAAGAAAAGGCCAUAUCCUCAUGGGCGAGAAUCGUCCUGUAAGGCCCAAUGCACAUGCCGCAAUUGGAGUUAUCUGCCAUCAUGGAGCCAGCAAUAUUGGCCUGUGACCUCUCUGCACGGAUACUACUAUAACGGCAGUUACGAUGGCUGCUGGUGA